UUUCAGGCGUCAGGGAAGUUCCGAGAUCCAGUAGUCCAAAGGCGUCUAUUUGAACCAGCCGAUCGGGGCUGGAAUGAGGCCCGGGAAGGGUAAAGUGGACUUGAUUGCCCUGAUUUGGCAGGCCUAUCCAGAGCUAAAGUUGUUGACUGCUUGUGGGAGCUAGUGAGAUUUCUGAAGGAAAAAAUGCUUACAUCCAUCCAUCAUCUUCCUCAUUUUUAGAGCGUUAUAUGAUAUUUGAAGAAAUCCUGCGGUGAAGUCUCUUCCCAAUUUUAAGUGAAAACAUUGUUAUAUGACACAUUGCAGGUAAAAACAAAAAGGGCAGAAUAUAUCUGUGGGGGGAAAAGUGAAGUGAAAGAAGAACCAGAGCACGUAUUGCACAGAAAUGGCUGUAUGGAUUUGGACACUGAGCAUUCUGAGCUACUCUUGUGUUACCUGUGCAUUGAGGCCUAAGAAAUGGGAUUCGUACCUGAGUAGGACAGAACUGAGCCACAUGGUGGUGAACUAUGAUACGGAGACAGUCUAUUUAGGUGCAGUAAAUGCCCUGCAUCAACUUGAAAAGAACUUGAAACUCCGUCAGCUAACGGAUGAAGUAUCAACUGGGCCACAUUUGGAUAACAAAAAGUGCACUCCUCCCAUUGAUGAGAGCCAAUGUACUGAUGCAAAAAUGACUGACAAUUACAAUAAAAUACUCUUGCUGGACACCCAUGAGAAAAGAAUUGUUGUUUGUGGGAGCUUGUUCAGGGGGAUAUGUUCCAUAAGAGAGCUUGAGAACAUUUCAAACAGAACUUACUAUGAGAAUGGCAGUGGAGAGAAAUCAUUUGUUGCAAGUAACGAUGAGAAUAUAACCACGGUGGGCCUCAUCACAUCUUUGUCAAAAGGUCGAAUGAUGUUUGUGGGAAAGGGAAAUGGGCACAAUGACAACGGGAUAAUAAUCAGCACUCGACAGCUUUUUAAUAAGGAUGGGAGAGAAAUUUUUGAACUAUAUGCAGAUGCUACUGCUAUUAAAUCAACAUAUCCUUCCGCAAGCUUCCAACACUUUCUAUACGUCUUUGAACACGAGAAAUUUGUAUAUUUUAUUUUUAAUCAGAAUGAGAGGAAUUUUGCUGUGAAUCGGACACUAAUUGGUCGACUCUGCAAGGAAGAUGAAGCUUAUCAUUCCUACUUUGAAAUGGACUUGGAAUGUAAAGAUGAUAGCGGCCCUUACAACCAAAGUAAUGCAGUCUAUGUCGCUGUACCUGGGCAGAAACCAAAAGAUAACGUAACAUCAUCAGGACAAGAACAGGACAAAAUGAUUGUUGGACUUUUCAGACGGAUGGAAAAAGACUCCUUAGAAUGUGCCAUGUGUGUGUUUUCCUUGCAGGAGAUCAAUAAAAAAAUUGAGGAAAACAGGGAGAAAUGCUACAAAAAGGAAGGUGUAUUUUACAAACCUUUUAGAACAGAAGGUCCUCCAUGUGCUGUUCCAUCUCCAGAGAAUUCAAGUAGAACCUUUCCAUGUGGUUCUGAACAUUUACCAUAUCCUUUGGGAAGCAAAGAAGGAAUUUCUGCAGAACCACUAUUUAAAAAGGAGGGUAUAAAUUUAACGGCAGUUACCUUUACAAUGGAGAAUGAGAACACAGUAGUAUUUGUUGGAACAUCAGAUGGUAGAAUCUUGAAGGUGGCUUUGUCUAAUCCUUCAAAGGAGUAUGGUAGCAUUCUUAUUGAAAAAAACAAGCCUAUCAAGAGGGAUCUUGUCCUUGAUGUUCACCAUGAGAACUUGUAUGUGAUGACCUCACACAAGGUAUUUCGCAUGCCUGUCCAAGAUUGUGCUAGUUACUCAACCUGUAAUCUGUGUAUUCAAUCCCGGGAUCCUUACUGUGGCUGGUGUGUAACAGAGGGAAAAUGCACAAGGAAAAAAGACUGUGCAAGAUCAGUGAAGGCAAAUAACUGGCUCUCUAGCCUAGAUGGAAUUUGCUUGAAUAUUACAAGUGCCCACCCUCAAAAUAUGAGCCGGAGAGUUCCAGGCAAGGUAGAAUUGACUCUAAGCCCUUUGCCAGAUUUAGAUGAAGAAGAUCAGCUUUGGUGCCACUUUGGUGAAAUGAACCAUCAGGCAGAGUUACAAGGAGAGACUAUUAUCUGUCAUCCUCCUAACACAAUCCCUCCAACAAUAAAAGGCCAAGAUUAUGUCAUGGUUCCGCUAAAUCUGACCUUUGGGAAAGACAUAUUUUUUGCAUCGGACACAUAUCCUUUUUAUGAUUGUGGAGAAGCUAUAAAUCGUAUUGAAAAUGAACCGUGCUAUUCCUGUGCAAGCAGUAGAUGGAAUUGCCAGUGGGACUGGAAGACACAUAUCUGUGAAGACUCCUCUCUAGAAGAAGAUGUGAUUAAACAAAACAUGGCAGAAGAAUGCCCACACUUUCUAAAUCCCAACCCUAAAAUAAUACCUAUGGAAGACUCAACAAAAGUAUAUUUUGAAGGAAAGAAUCUAGAUCAUUAUCAGGGUAGCCAGUUCAGAAUUGGAAAUAACCGGUUUAGCUUUGAGAACGUGGUGCAACAAGAUGCAGAUGGAACUUUCUUCUUUGAAAGCCCACCGAUUUCCAGUGUUGCAAAUGAAACACUUCCACUCAGUUUAUUCAUUAAAACGGAUAAAGGCAAGAUUGAUAGCAAACUGAUUGUGAUUUUAUACAGCUGUUCCUAUGGUCGGGGAGACUGCAGCUUGUGUCUUGCGGCUGAUUCUCAGUAUGAAUGUGUCUGGUGUGAAGACAAUGAUAGCUGUGUUUACAAAAAACGCUGCUCAGUUUCUACUAAGAACUGUCCUGCUCCAGUUAUUACUCAGAUUGAACCAAAGAAUGGACCACUAGGUGGUGGAAUUUUGGUGACCAUAAAGGGAUCUAAUUUGGGCGUAAAAGCUGAAGAUGUUGAAAAUAUCAUUGUGGCAGGCACCGAUUGUAGUUUUAGAGAAGAAUUAUACUCUGUUUCCACCAGGAUAGUAUGUGAGGUUGGAAGUGUGCCAGAGCAAAGAAAAGGUGAAAUUGAUGUUCGGAUAAAUGGAACACUAGGCAGAUCAACAAAUGAAGUGCAGUUUACAUAUCAGGAUCCUAAACCUACAGGAAUAUAUCCUCAGAAAGGUCCCCAAGCUGGGGGGACUGCCCUAACUAUCACUGGCACAAACUUGGACACUGGCUCUAUUCAAGAUGUUAAAGUUUUCCUUGAUAAUGAACCCUGUAAAGUUAUCCAAUUUGGACAAGAAAUCAUUUGUGUUACUGGAAAUAGUAGCAAGGAAGGGCCUGUUUCUGUGAAAGUACAUCAUGGACGCAAUGAAAGAAUAAUAGAAAACGAACAAUUUACCUAUAGUGAAAACCCGACAGUUAGCAAGAUCACCCCUGAAGCCAGCAUUCGCAGUGGAGGACGAAAUAUUACUGUUGUCGGAGCUGGUUUUGAUAUUAUUCAGAAUUUCUCUGUGGAAGUUAUAUUUAAGCCUUUUGGAGAUACAUCAUCAAGGAGGAAGAGGAGAAGGAGGCAAAUAUCGGAGCAACUGAAGUUUGAAGGAAAAACUAUCUCAAAAAUCAAUGACACUGCAAUGGUCUUCUUAUCUCCACCAGUACUGGAGGAUCCAGAAAACUAUAUAAUUGCUUUAUUUAUUAAAAUGGAUUAUCACACGGUGGAAAAAGACUUUCAAUAUGUUGCUGAUCCAACCUUUGAAAAUUUCACUGAUGGUGUCAAAAAGCAGGUCAACAAACUUAUUCAUGCGAAGGGUAGUAAUCUGAACAAAGCUAUGACGAUGGAAGAAGCUCGCGCAUUUGUGGGAGAGCAACCCUGCAACAUCACAACUCUGACUGAGAAGGAUUUAUACUGUGAACCCCCUGAAGAACAGCCCCCACCCAAGCGAAGGCAGAAGAGAGAUACGGUUAAUAACCUGCCAGAAUUCAUCGUGAAAUUUGGCUUCAAAGAAUGGGUUCUAGGAAGAGUGGAGUAUACACAAGUGAGUGAUGUACCCCUGGGCCUGAUCUUGCCACUGGUACUUAUUCCCAUGGUGGCCAUUAUCUUCAUCUCAAUCUGUUGCUACAGACGGCAAAGCCAACGAGCAGAACGAGAAUACGAAAAAAUUAAAUCACAACUUGAAGGCUUGGAGGAAAGUGUCAGAGACCGGUGCAAAAAGGAAUUUACAGAUCUAAUGAUAGAAAUGGAAGAUCAGACAAAUGACAUCAAUGAAGCAGGCAUUCCUGUGCUAGACUACAAAACCUACACGGACAGAGUCUUCUUUCUGCCGUCCAAAGAUGGAGAAAAAGAUGUAAUGAUUACUGGGAAGCUGGACAUUCCUGAAGCUAGGCGGCCAACCGUAGAACAGGCAUUGAAUCAAUUCUCCAAUUUGCUCAAUAGUAAAUCAUUUCUCAUUAAUUUCAUCCACACGUUGGAAAACCAAAAGGAAUUUUCUGCCCGUGCAAAAGUAUAUUUUGCAUCUCUCUUGACCGUUGCUUUGCAUGGGAAGCUAGAAUAUUAUACUGACAUCAUGAGAACAUUGUUUUUGGAGCUGAUGGAGAAGUAUGUUGUGGCCAAAAAUCCUAAACUGAUGCUCCGAAGAUCCGAAACCGUUGUGGAGAGGAUGCUUUCUAAUUGGAUGUCAAUUUGUCUAUAUCAGUACCUCAAGGACAAUGCUGGAGAGCCUCUUUAUAAGUUGUUCAAGGCUAUCAAGCAUCAGGUGGAAAAAGGGCCAGUGGAUGCUGAGCAAAUGAAGGCCAAAUACACGCUGAACGACACGGGCUUGUUGGGGGAUGAUGUGGAAUACUCUCAACUGACUGUAAAUGUGAUAGUACAAGAUGAAGGCACAGAAUCUGUACCAGUAAAAGUGCUCAACUGUGAUACUGUUUCUCAAGUAAAGGAAAAGGUCAUUGACCAAGUCUAUCGAAAUCUGCCUUAUUCGCAGUGGCCAAAGCCUGACAGCGUAGUUCUUGAAUGGCGUCCAGGUUCAACUGCACAGAUACUCUCAGACUUGGAUUUAACAUCCCAAAGAGACGGCAGGUGGAAACGCAUCAAUACCCUGAUGCACUAUAACGUACGAGAUGGUGCCACUCUCAUUUUGUCAAAAAUGGGGGUGUCCCAACAGCCAGAGGACCACCAACAAGAUAUGCCAGAGGAAAGGCAUGCAUUACUGGAAGAGGAAAAUAAGAUUUGGCAUUUAGUUCGGCCAGUCGACGAAGUUGAUGAAGGUAAAUCUAAAAGAGGGAGCAUGAAAGAGAAGGAGAGAACCAAAGCUAUUACAGAAAUCUACCUGACAAGACUCCUCUCUGUGAAGGGUACACUUCAGCAGUUUGUAGAUAAUUUUUUUCACAGUGUACUUGACUCGAACCAUGUUGUGCCACCAGCUGUGAAAUACUUUUUUGAUUUUCUUGAUGAGCAAGCGGAAAAGCAUGAUAUCAAAGAUGAGGAUACCAUCCACAUCUGGAAAACAAACAGCUUGCCACUUAGGUUUUGGGUAAACAUAUUGAAAAACCCUCAUUUCAUCUUUGAUGUUCAUGUUCAUGAAGUGGUGGACGCUUCCUUGUCAGUCAUAGCACAGACUUUCAUGGAUGCUUGCACAAGAACGGAGCACAAAUUGAGCAGGGAUUCUCCAAGUAACAAGUUACUAUAUGCAAAAGAGAUAUCUACAUAUAAGAAGAUGGUGGAAGAUUAUUAUAAAGGUAUUCGCCAAAUGGUACAAGUGAGUGACCAGGACAUGAAUACACAUUUAGCAGAGAUUUCUAGGGCACACACAGACUCAUUAAACACCCUUGUGGCUUUACACCAGCUCUACCAGUAUACUAGCAAAUACUAUGACGAGAUCAUAAAUGCACUAGAAGAGGAUCCAGCUGCACAGAAAAUGCAGCUUGCUUUCCGAUUACAACAGAUAGCAGCUGCUUUAGAACAUAAAGUGACUGACCUUUGAUUUGAAAGCUGCAAUAAAGAAGUCUGAUCUGAAGAUGUGUAAAUUCAUUCUUCCUAAUAAGGAAAUAGUGUUCUAUUUUUUAAUGUGUAAUUACAACUUUAAAUGAAAAAAAAAGAUUUCUUCUUUUUUUAUAGCAAAGCUGUAAUGUAAAGAGUUUUUACUGUAAAUUAUGCUUCUAAUUAAAAGCUUGUGUUGUGUGUAAAUGAAUUUCCAGUGGGAAAUGAGGGAACUCCUUAGGGAUGGGGUGGGUAAAGUUAUAGCUCAUUUAAUCAAAUAGUACAAUCUUGAAACAUCAGCAUUUUUAGAAUUCAUUAUGCUAGUAAAUUCACUACCUAUAGCAUUCUUUAUACUUUAAGCAAUAUUUGUACUAGAAAAGUGAUAGCAUAUUGGAACAAUAAAUGCAAUAUCCCCUUUUUUAAUUUUAAUAAUUGGAAAUAAUAGCUUUCCUACUGUUUUGAAAAUCCCAUUGUCUUUGUUCUGCUCAUAAUGAGCAGAAUAAAGGACACAUUUGCUAUGACUUUUCUGUUUAAGACAUUGCAGAGGAUUUUGGUACCAUACAUCUUUUCAUACCUGAAAACUAAGUGCUAAAAACAGUGGUUGUGGCUGCUGCCCCCAAGCCCACUUUUCUGAGGUCAAAACGGGCAAUACUUUAGAUGAAUUGAGAUGGCCUGAUCCUUUAACUUGAAAGAUGCAUAUAUGUCCCUAGGAACAUAAAUCUGAACAACCACAUGUGUGCACUUCAACACAGAAUCUGAAUGUCGGGACUGUGCAAAGCACUUAAGGUCUUCAACGUGAACUUAGAGCAAGGUCACCAGGUACUCCCAAAGAGCCAAAGCCACUGGCAUGAAGACAGCUGAGAAUGGACAGUCUUUCUCUCCACAUUUUAGAAAAGCGAUUGUUCACACUUGCCACAAAACCACUGCUGAUGGAUUUGGAAUUCGAUCCAGAGGAUGGAAUACCCUGGGUAGAGUCUGUGUUCAGCCAAAGCAAUGUCAGAUUUGACUACCUAAACACACAAUGUGAUGUUCAGAGCUGCUUUAGCAAUAGCAGGAGAUUGGUUGCAAAGGUCUAUUAUCCAAGGCACAGAAAUACAUGGCUCUGGAACUGAAAA